AUUAGGAGAACGUGUCCGUUGCCAACGGUCGCGAAUUUCACUCCCACUUUCAGCUGAACGUUCUUCUGGUUCCGAUCACUCAGACUCUAUUCCACUGUAACAGCUCCAAGCCACUUCUCCUUCACCCUCUCACGGUUUCAAUCUUGUUGUCUCUACGUUGUGAAAUGCAGUAAUACUUGCCGUUUCUAAUUUCUGAUGCUAUUCUAGUUGAGGAGCAAGUCCACGAGCCGGAGGAGCAUAAUGGCUUACUAAGACGGGGAUUGUGAUUACAACCAGACGUGACCGUUCGAAUCGUAGCUAGGACGAGGUUCUGUCCUGAUGAUUGUGGAAGCUGUGUCGGAUUGCGAUCGUCUACACUAGCACAGGCGGUGUGGGUUCUCUUGAUGGAUGGAUUGGACUCAUAAUUCAAUUUCAGGGAUUGCCUAGUGUCUUAGGUGGUGGUGUAAAGUAGUCGCUUGACGAAGUUUUACACAAGCACUGGCAAGACGGUAGUUGAGGAGAUCAAUUCGCGGUGGGCUAUGGAGCCCACGGAGCUGAAGCCGAAUCAACCAAGCGAGACAGGGAACGAGGAGGCAGUGCCGCAGCGAUCUGGCAUGGUGGAAUCACCCAAGGGAUCGCCAGUGCAGGAGCACAGGGGGAUCAAGCGCUAUCGCCGUGACCGAGGGUCGUCCGCCAAGGAGAGGAUCAGCAAAAUGCCCGCUUGUGUCCCGGGGAAGAGAAGCUCAAUCUACAGAGGCGUGACCAGGCAUCGUUGGACGGGCCGAUACGAGGCUCACUUGUGGGAUAAGAGUACCUGGAAUGAGGCUCAGAACAAGAAAGGGAAGCAAGUGUACUUGGGAGCUUACGACGAUGAGGAAGCAGCCGCUAGAGCAUAUGAUCUAGCCGCUCUCAAAUAUUGGGGACCAGGGACUUUGAUCAAUUUCCCCGUCACAGACUACGCUAGGGAUGUAGAGGAAAUGCAGUCGGUGUCGAGAGAAGAGUACUUGGCGUCUUUGAGAAGAAAAGGUAGUGGAUUCUCGCGAGGCUCGUCCAAGUUCAAAGGGGUUACACGACACCCUUCGAUGGGAAGAUGGGAAGCCCGCCUUGGCCAAGUUCUUGGUAACAAGUAUCUGCACUGGGGAAAUCCUGGCAGUAAUAUGUCGCAGGAGGAAGCUGCUGCUUACGACUUUCAAGCUCUGGAGUACAGAAGCCUCAAUUCCGGCUCAAAUCUCGAUCUAAGCAGAUAUAUCACGUGGUUGCGUCCAGAGCGGGCACAGACAGCCACCACAAGUUACCAGCCAGGAGCAGAUACCACCGUCUCUGCAGACACUCUCUCGCGUAUGAAAGAAGAGGAAGAAGGAGGUGCGAGUCCAACGUCAUGGGACGAUGGCCCUUCUCAGCGGGAUGAGGGUUCUCAACCAGAAGAACAGCAAAGACAUCAAGCAUGGCCUGGUCAAUUGAGCGAACCAUAUCAACUCCCUUCACUGGGCGUAUUGCAUUCUAACUCUCACAAGAAAGUCACCACCCCUUCAGCGCUGAGUCUACUCUUGAGCUCUUCUAUAUUUAAAAGCAUGCGUGAACGCUCCAGCUCACUUGCAGUAGCUGCAGAGACUGACACAAAAUAUGAACCAGGGCUUGAAUUUGGAGACCAUUCUCAAUAUAUUCAAGGUCUUCAUAUGAACCGCAGCCUGCACGAUGAGACUACCAGUGAUAUUUUCAGUCCUCGUCUUCACUACGAGAUGAGCAACUUCCCUCCCAGCUAUGGAUCCUCUGACAGACUUGGGCAAUUAGAUGAAGGUGUAGUUAUGUCUGGGGCAGACUCUCAAGGACCGUCUUUCUCAGAUAGUCCUGCAUACUGGGAUCCAUUUGUACAGCCCCUAACAUCACAGCAACUGACAUCGUGUUAAGAGUUCCAAAGUCAUAUAUUCCACCUGGAAGCAAACUUUCCCAACCUUCCCAAGACUUCCCAGCAUUUGUGUUAGUGACGACGAGAGUUGCAGGGAUACAUUGCUAGAAGCAGUGUCAACUGACUGCCUGAACAGUGGAAGGUGCCAUUGGCACGCGCCUUGGAAGACGAAAUACGCAGUGGGAAAUUCUACCAGAGCAGUUGCAUGAGGUCAGUCUACCAAGCCUCGAGCUCCUAGUGCAAUUGGAACACCGUAAUAUAAGACGCCGAUAUUAGAUGAUGGGAAUUGUCGUCCACCUCUUGUGACUACACGAAAUAUUUUAAAGGUAAUUGCAGAACGCAAUUGAGCCAAGCAGCAAAUCUGCACUUAGUAUGAACACUAUCUGCGUCUCCCAAAGAGUUAUUGUAGGCCUGUUGGACAUCUCUCUCAACCUCGAUCCAAGGGUGUACAAGAUUCACUUGGGCUCAAAACAUUUUUGGUGGGUUUUGUAGAUAUGAAGUGCUAUGAGGUUCUUACUACUGCCAUUCUUUGCAGUCCUGUAAUAGAAACUGGAGCUGAUGAUUUAACCAUAUUCACUCAUUAGAUUUCUACGUGCGUCAUAUCCCUUUCUCGCCACAUUAGAGGUGGGAUGUGAUGCUGUGAUCUGACCCAUGCUUUGAGCCACACGUGGUGGAAAUGUAAGGUCAUGCAAGCUGAAGCCUCAGUAACUACCUGGCUUUACGUAGGACUUUUACUGAAAGAAUACCUCGAAACUGCAGUCGGCAGUGUAAUCACAAGAAACUGAUUCCCUGAGGAUGUA